CGUACCCGGAGCCUCGUCGUCGCAGCCAUGACGGUAAAGUAUGGUCACAUCGAAGCGAUCGGAAUCACAGCGCCAGUGUAGGAACGGGCUCCAAUCAUCUCAGGCAUUCUCGCCGUUUGCAUCACAACAUACUACUACUACUCCUCCUACUACCUCAUCACGACACCCGCAGCACAAUCGAUUACCGACUUCGCGAUGACUACACCAGGGCCCCAGCACGCGCGAGAGCCGUCCGUAGACGAUUUACAUAUCUUUCUAUCGCAUACAUGGCAGCCAGUACCGACAGUCAAAGUCACGAUCCAGAAUACCCAUCCUACGUCGUACAUGAGCUUUUUGUCAUGGGAUACGCCCGUCGACCCAUCAGCUCUCAAUACUGGCGUUCUCACAAUUGUAUAUGCAGUUUCUGGCGAGCCUAUCCUAGGACCCGGGCUCAAGCUCAAUCGACUGCUUCCUCCACCCCGCGAAGAUAUCAUUGAGCUAGCACCGCAGGAGACGAUUGAAGUGGACAUUGACUUGAGCGCGCCGUGGAUACCUGGCGAUGGCAAGCUUGUCAAAGUCCACGCUCUGGGGGAGUGGAGAGCAGUAUGGGCAAAAGGAAAAGAUGAGAUAACAGACGAGGAAUUGGGGGCUAUGAGUGGCCCUGGCGUACUGCGAGGGCCGUUCAGAAGCGUGAGGGAUGUGGAAAUGGAGCUGUGAAAUCGGUAGCAGCGACCUAUCUUCGACCUUCAGCUCAUUUGGCGGUUCUCGUAGCUUAUGCAGUGGCUGAGGAGGGCGUUGGGACAUACUUAGCAGCGAUCACCAUUUGUGGUCUGGUAAGGUCAUCUUGCCUACAAACAGCACAUGGUGCUCAGCUUCGGCUCUACAUAACUCGGAUGAGACCGAGAGACGGGAGAAGCGGGCCUGUGUCAUCUCUUGGCUGUGGCUUGAAUAAAUCAGCACAUUCAGCAGUCAGAAUGUGCACCCAAAAGCAGGUCGUGCAAGGAUCAAACGUGGUCAAGGUGUUGCGCAAUGGCUCAACCAUAGCGUGGAGACUGGAGACCUGAUACUCGGAUGUUGACUGUGGACACUCAGAACGAGAUCAGGUUUGCGGCCAGAGACGAUGUUCAGUGAAAGCGAGCCGUCAUGUCUCUGUUGGCACGGUCAUGCUUACCAGACGCAGCUUCUCGCUUUCUGCUCUUUUUUGAUUGGCCCGCGGUAUUGGUGUGUUGUCGUGGCACUCGAAAUUGCAUACAGGCAGUUGAGAUAUGUACAGGGGACUCUGGAGAGGUGCACAUGUACCUGUUGUGUGACGAUGUGGUAUAUUGACCACUCCUUGGCGACAUGCUUACGAGUUUGGGUAACUUCACUUGGCAGCGGCUCCACUUCUCUUCACAAUUCCGACCUCAUCAUCCAC